GUAGAGUUCAAUUAGCUAUGGCUACGGGUAGGUUUCUUAUCUACCUCAGCCUACUGGUGGGCAUCACUCAGGGCAUUAAAAUUGGUAUAUCACCGACUUUGAAUCCAAAUACAACAACCGCAACACCACAGACCUCAACUGAAAUGCCUCCCACAACACUUGGAUUGGAUUUGAGUAGCGCCGGCAGCAGUAGUUCUGAGGAUACAUUCACGGCGAGCAGCCUACCUCCUAGUAAACAGCAGAACACUACAAUAGCAACAGCCAGUACAGAAGCACCCAAUGCCUCAACCGAUUCAACUGCUCUAGCGACGGAGCCUCCACAAGUUGAGACAGCUUCCCCAAAUCCCCCAGUAAAACCUAUUGCUCGCUAUCCCUAUUAUUGCUCCUGUGAUGUACUCGCCGGAGUCUGCGAUCUCAAUUGUUGCUGCGAUCUUGACUGCCAAGCUGAAGCGCUCAAAGUCUUCAAUUGCCUCGCAAUGACUGAUCAUCCGCAGCUACAACUGCGUCUGGAGGAUUUUCAAUAUACCCAUGGUCUGCCCUCGUGUAAGAUAAACGAUGGCUGGUUGUGCGUUUUUCGCACGAACACGAAACCCGCCAAGCAGCAGUUGUUUAGCAACAAUUUUGAUACCAAAGACUACUACAAAUGGCCAGAACCACUUCGUGCCUAUGAGACAACGCCACUAGCUCAGGAGUCAGUCUUUUACAAAUAUGAGCAGCCGCUACAGUUGUGGCAACCGGAAACCAAGGAACUGAAGAUCUUCGAAAUACCCAGUGCCUAUGAGUCCGUCUUUUGCCAGAUACAGCAGCCCAUUCGUCAUCUGAAAGGGAUGAGAAGUAGUUGCCGAUUAGCGGAUAUAUCGCAGCUACAGCACAAUCUCUUGACUUUGCUAAACUUGACUAGCACACAUCGAUUGCUGGCGACGCCGCGCAGUGUCCAGGACUUAAUGGAACAGCCUGGUGAGAGUGAGGGCGAGAGUGUUGGGCUUGAUAUUCAAAUAUGCCUGCACUCUUCGAGUGACAAAGUUGUGUGCAAUGUCACCGAUGUGCAGCUCGAUAUAUAUUCGAGGAACAUGAAGCUUCUCCUUUAUCACAACUACACGCACAUUUUGAACGCGAAACUUGUGCUCAAGGAGGAGCCAUCACACCCGAACGAGCUGGAACUUUGGCAGGAUUAUGUGGUGGAAUAUGUGCUAGGUAAUGGCACCGAUGUGGAAUUGAAACCGUCGCACGCCGAGAAGCCGACAUCGGGACCGCUGGGCUAUUUGCAGGGCUCUCCAGUUCUGUUGGCAAAGUUGGUGCCACAAAAUGACAGCGAAUUGCCGCAAAUCCUUGACUACUAUCACGAAAAUGCUGGCGCUGGCCAUUGGCUGUCCCUGUUCACCAAGCAAUCGCGUGGAGGCAACUGUCGGCGCAGCCCAGAGAAACGCCAUGCCGCACAAUAUGGCGUAGACAUCGCCAAGCAGUGUCUGCUGCGCAUGGAGGGCGAGAAUGAUUUGCUGUUGCUCAGCAAAAAUUACACGGACUACUGCCAGCGACUGCAGGCGGAGAUUUGGGCGCAACUGUUGCCGCAAAAUUGCCACAAUCUGGCGGAUAUAUCCCAAAUAUUUAUCUCUCAAUUGGGCAGACCGCAAAGGGACAAAUGGUUGCCCUUGCAGUUGCACUACGAGGGCGAAGACGCUGGGCCGCCACCCGUGCGUGGCGACUAUAAUGAGGAGCAGCGAACGUUCAGCUGCCGCAACAUGCUUCUCAGUGUUCGUUACGAGUUCCAUGUGGCUGCGAUGACGCUACUCCAGGGGCAGGUAGCGCAUCAGCGUUUGGUGCAACAUGCGUCGCUGGUGUUGGGCGAACGACACGAUCUGGAGUUUGAUGGCGGGGAGGAGCAGGUAGAGGUGCCACUGGCUGUCUCCGUAAUGUUUUACGAUGCGCAAAGAAAAAGUUUAAAUGGAGCUGCAGCUUCCAUCAAGCACCUCUUGGGGGCUUGGGUUGUGUCCUUUUCAAUUGCCACCUCAUUUUAUUUCUAGUCAGUACGGCCAACAUUGUAACGUACUCGAUUCAUUAACUAAAAAGAUGAACAAUUAAUUGACAUGUUAAAAAACAGAGGCAAUAAAAGCUUCCGUUUUUAAUUAGACCAAGAAGAAUGUCCGCUCAUUAAACAUAUUUAUAUUUAAA